AUGAUAGGCUCGCGAACGGACCUUGCGGAAAUAGAUAAAUUGCAUUACCUUAGAUCGGCGUUAACUGGCGAAGCCGCGAACAAGAUUAGGAUUUUCGAAAUUGACGGAAUUAAUUAUGCCAAGGCCUGGAGCUUAUUAGAACGGUCAUAUGAGGUCAGGAGGAUCUUGAUAUCGCGGCAUCUCUCUCUGCUAUCAAAUUUGCCCGCGCUAGACAAAGAAACAACGAACGGUUUGUCCAGUCUCGCGGACGACGCGCAGCAACACGUUGCGUCGCUAAACUCUUUGGGAGUUUCGGUCGGACACGAGAUGAUCGUACCUUUGCUAGAGACCAAGCUACCAAGGAUAACGUUGGAAAAAUGGGAGGCGACUCUCGAAAGAGACGAGUUUCCAGAGAUCGACCAGAUGUACGAGUUCUUAUAUAGAACCGCGGUUUGCGUCUCGAGACGCGAGAGAGCGAAGGUAACCGACAUGGAGGGAAACAGGGGAGAACCCUCGAGCAAAAAAAGACGAAGUCGUCCCUCGAAUCGAGCGCGUGUCGUAAGCGCGGCGCGUAAUUGCAUAGCAUGCAAGACGAAACGGCAUCCCUUGUAUUUGUGCGACAAAUUCAAACAAUUGCCUAUACCUAAACGUAUCGAAACAGUGAGAAACGCGAAGGUUUGUUACAAUUGCUUGCGCUCACAUAGAGACAGCCCCUGCACUUUUUCGAACUGUACAAUUUGCCAAAAGAAACAUAACACUCUUCUGCAUUUAGACCAAUAUCCGGUGACGAAUCGAACUUCCACUUCUAAGGCCGUAGAUACACGGGCCGCAUGA